UUAGGUGCUCUAACCACUGAGCUAUCCAGGCCGAUAUCCAUGGUCCGUAUAGCCCUAAUUACAACAUUCCAAUCAUCCUCAUUCAAUGUAUAUUUAAGCGCUUUUGCAAAUUAUAAAUAAUAAUGAAUGAAUAAAAAAUAAAUUGACAGCUUUUGUAGUUUAGUUGUAGUGCUAUUCCUUUUCUAUUUAGUUUUAUUUUCUAUGUAAAUAUUCUAUCGUCCUGAGGAAGGGCCAACAGGUCAUAUCGAAAAUUUAAGAUAGAGAGAGAGUUAAAAGUUAUUUAUAUUUAUUCAUAUUCAUUGUUUAUAUAAUUUAAUUCAUUCAAUCUUCCAACAUAAUGUAAACCUGUUUCAGUCACGUUAUAAUGUUUCUAUCAGACUACGUACUGUCAUCCUUGUAACACUUAUAGAAAAAGACACACUUCAUCCUCUGUAAACUUCCGUGUAAGCAUUUGAUUGCUUGUCAUUUUUAGACAUUCGGUCCUCGGGCAAGAUGUACUUUAUGAUAACAAUUCUAACACUGAUGGUGGGCUUGGGUUAUGGAGUAAUAAUAAAAACAUUCAUGCGGUAUCUGGACGACAAGAGCGGAGAAAUUACAUCACCUGGUUACCCUGGGGACUAUCCAAACAAUGUAAACUACACGUGGAUGAUUAGAACGGGACACAAUAAAUCGAACGUAACGAUUACUGUCAUCGAUAUGGAUAUCGAAAAAUGUGACGAUUACUUAGACAUUCAGGAAGUGGAUCCUUGCUGUUAUACUUUGUUUCUAAAAUGUGCUAGAACACAAAGAGAAUCAAAAUAUCCUUUGUAUCUGACCGCAGAGGGACAGGAAAAGGAUUCCGUCUAUCUUGGACAGUAUUCUUUUAAGUUAGCUCACCACUACCUCCAACAAUUUCCAAAACAAUAAUUUUAUCAACAUCAAAACCACUGACUCCGUCAUGGACACGAAA